AUCAUAACCUACUUGUUUUCCACACCCUAGCUGUCGAGCCAUCCAAUCGCCGAACUUACUGUUUAGUGAGCUCACUGUUGACGUCGCUCGAGCGUAGCCGGGGCAGCGUUGUAGGUGACUUAUCUCGCUCUGAUUCCAUGGUAGAUAUUCUGAAUGUGUGCACUGGCUUACCUUAGUGUCAGAUAAUUCAGAGGUCACAGUUAUAAGUCUUGCAAGAUUUGACGAUCAUAGUCAGACAAAGGGACACAGGUAAAGAUGUCUGGAGACAUACCCCUCAACAUCAACAUCAAGGAACCCCGAUGGGACCAGGGUACCUUCAUGGGCCGGGCCCAGCACUUCUUCAUGGUGACGGACCCCAGGAACGUGCUGUUGUCCAGCGCGGUGCUAGAGGAUGCCCGCGUCAUCGUGGAGGACUACAGGCAAGGCAUUGUUAAACCCGGGCUGACAGAGGAUGAGCUCUGGAGAGCCAAGUACGUCUAUGACUCAGCCUUCCACCCCGACACUGGCGAGAAGAUGAUUCUGGUUGGACGCAUGUCGGCCCAGGUUCCCGUGAACAUGACCGUCACUGGCUGCAUGCUCACCUUCUACAGGACAACCCCAACGGUGGUCUUCUGGCAGUGGGUGAACCAGACCUUCAACGCCGUGGUCAACUACACCAACCGCAGUGGCGACGCUCCCAUGACAGUGAAUCAGUUGGGUGCAGCCUACAUCAGCGCCACCACUGGAGCAGUUGUCACAGCACUGGGACUGAAGUCUCUCGCUAAGCACCUGCCUGCCAUCAUGAGUCGCUUUGUGCCCUUCGCUGCUGUCGCCGCGGCCAACUGCAUCAACAUCCCCUUCAUGAGGCAGAGGGAGCUGCAGUAUGGCAUCCCUGUCACAGAUGAGGAGGGGAACCGCCUGGGCGAGUCGACCAAGGCGGCCAAAACGGGCAUCGUGCAGGUGGUGGUGUCCCGGAUUGGCAUGGCCGUGCCAGCUAUGGCCAUCCCUCCUGUCAUCAUGAAUGCUCUGGAGAAGAAAGCCUUCAUGAAGCGGUUCCCAGUGCUCAAUGCUCCUGUUCAGGUUGGGUUGGUGGGAUUUUGUUUGGUGUUUGCUACGCCUUUGUGCUGUGCACUGUUCCCUCAAAAGAGCUCCAUGAGUGUCAGCAGCCUGGAGCCAGAGCUUCAGGAACGGAUACGAAAGAGCAGCCCCCACGUCUCAACCGUCUACUACAACAAGGGCUUGUAGACACCCCCCCACACCCCCCACCCCCCUCUGCAGGGCACAGUGCGCCCCCAUCAGAGGGCACACUCCCCCACCCCCCUCUGCAGGGCACAGUGCGCCCCCAUCAGAGGGCACACCCCACCCCCCCUGCCCUCAUACCCCCGUCAGCAGGUGACUCAAAGGGUUACAUACAAAUGUGUUGUCAUUUUUUGUACUUCAGUGUUGAUUUACCUCCUCUGGUCCUCACAUCCAUACAAGGAAGAAGCCCUCUCUAAACUAUGCUGCAAAGAUGUAAUUCGGUCUGACACAAUGAAGGUUGUAUGUGGAGUUUGAUAGACAGAUGCAGAGUUAUCGGGUGGGGUUGAGUGUAGGUGGGAUUGUGUGCUGCCCAUCUCUAGGUGGAUUCCGAGUGACUGGGUGGGUGUUUUGUGGUUGCAGGAUGGGGGAGGUGGGUGUUCACCUAUAAGGAACGAUCCCUUUGGUUCUCUUGCAGCUAAGCUUUGCUCGCUUUAUAUGUUUAUUUUUGUCUUGAGUUUUGCCGUUUUCCUUUAAUGUAUAUUUAUUUAACUCUUAUUUAUGUUUUUUUGGGCUUUGAAUUGCUUGUUUCUAUGUUACAGUGGUUGGUCACUCCUUCCCUUGGUGAUGUGCUUCAUUUGUUGUUUUUGUUUUUUAAACUUUUCUUUUCGAAAUGAAGUGAAUCACACUUAGUGUGCAACUUCUUCAGUAGUGUUACAGGUUAUUGCUCUCUCACACUCACACACACUCACACUCACACUCACACACACACACACACACAAGUAGCAUGCUCUGUCCUGUGCUCACAGAAGUGCUCUUAAACCCCAUGUCCUACACACACACACACACACACACACACUCAGACAGCAGGAGCUGCACAAGCCCACCUGUUGUUGUCUCUUCCAGGGCCUCUAGGCUCAGUUGGGUGUGUGUUGAUGAGCACAAGUUCCUGUACACCCACAUCCCAUUCGAAGUUAGAUGGUGAUGACCGACCUAAGUUUCCCUUAGUUUCCCCUCGGCUGUAAACAUGAAUAGUUGAAUUUGUCAUGUAGCACAAGUGUGUCUCACUGAGAAUGUUGUGACUUGACUAUCCAAUGAUUGUGGAGUGUGGUUAUAUAACAUUUAUGGUGGCUAAAUGUUGUACAAGAGUAAUUUCUUACUAUCUAGUACUUAUGACAUGUAUUCUCCCUUGCCCCAUACGUAAUGCACCUCUUGAACACUUGACACUCAUUCACAAGCCUGCUUAUUGUCCUGAUGCAUCAUGGGUAGAGUAUGUGUAAGCAUAGCAGUGCAAUUCCAGCUCUCCUAGCACAGUUCUCUUCAGCAUAUCAGCCCUGAUCGACACAAGCGAAAAUACUGUUCUAAGCAUCUAGAGUAUAUUAAUAGUAAGGACUCAUUUCUGCUUGUUUACCCAAGAGAUGUUGAGAUGCCCAGGGUUUAGUGGGAGUGGACCGCCGGCCAAACGGAUCAAACUGUGCUGUGGUUAUAUGACGUGCUUUCAUGUCUCUCUAGUGCCGGAUCGAAUAGAGUAUUAUCUUUAUUUUUGAUUUCCUGUGAGUUAGCUUGAUCUUACUGCAACAUCUGUCCUUAUACCUGACAAGGAAAAUAGUUUUCCUUUACUGCUUUAAGGAAAAUGUAAUGCACUGCCUGUUGCAUCCAUUAGGUGGCAGCAGAGGCACAACCAUACUAAACUUUUAUAGAUUUAUUUCUGUGUGCAGUGUGGGCUGGAUAUGUAUCAGUGCUAUAAUGUGGUUGUGAGGGAUUGUUUGUCUGUGGAGAUAGUACGGCCUAAACCAGUGCAUUCCUAGAGGCUCCUCUGCUGUACGUUUAAAUGCUCUGUUUGCUGUUUUUCUUCUGACGAACUGAAAGUGGUGAAACUAUUAUGCAUUGAAGACCUAUGAUUGGUAUUUUUAAAGGGGACUACCUGAUCCAAUUUGUGCAAACAGUUGUUGGUUGUAUCACACAUCAGUUUUAUAUAUAAUCAGUUAUAUAUAUAUAUAUAUAUCUUCUUCCAGUUUGUGUAACCUGCUGUUAGACAGAAGUUCUGGCUUGUAGACCACAUAUCUGUGCGAGAUGUUGAAAAUGUAAUCAAGAUGAGGAACAUACAAUGCCCAGUUGUUACCAUUAUCUCCAUCUUAUAUUUGAAGGGAUCCAUUUUUAUUUCAGAGGCCUUGGCAGAGGGUCUGUCUUGUCCCUAAGUAAGUCUUGCACUAAGACCGUGGCCUACCGCAGGGAGACAAACUGCAGUACAUGAGAAGGCUGCUAACUUGUAUUGCAAAAUCGUUCAUGUUCAUAUAAUGUAUUUAAGAGUGAUGUUUGUAACAUGCUAUGAAAAUAUCAAUGUAUCUUAACAACUCAACUCGUUGCUAGAUCUCUUGCGCUCACUGCUUUGUUCACAUUACUGUUAUUAUUACUUUUUAUCUUUCAUCUGGCAUCUGAUAUUUUAGAACAAAAUCUGCCUUUUGGAAGGUUGUCGAAUGUUCAAGUGUAGUCCUGAGGCUGUGAGUUUCUGUGCAUUAUACAGUUCCAGAGGCCCAGCCAAAGAUUAUAUAUAUAUAUAUAUAUAUAUAUAUAUGUGUGUGUGUGUGUAUAAUAAAUGACAAAAUGUACAGGGGUGACAAACUACGUAAGCACAAUGUGUCUUUGAGUGUGAUCUGCUCCAGCUUUAAGUCUGCUGUAGUGGUUAAUGCAUUAAGCUGCAUAAGACAGGAUUAAAGUACCCAUGCACAUGAAUGUCAGCACAACACUCACUCAUUUCUGUCACUUAAGGGUGCUCAUUCAUUCAUUCAUGCGUUUUGUUUGCUCUGCAUUUUGUAUCCAUUUGGAAGACAUGUUACAUCUUCAUAGUAUAUGUAUUUUCCCUGAACAAUGAAAUAAAGUAUAUUAUACCAGUA